AAUCUUGUGCACUUUUUUAAAAUUCUUUUGGCAUAACUAUUAAGAACUUUUUUCCACUAGAGAAUUAUGUCUAAUUACCUACCAUGUCCAAAAGUAAACUCACAAGGCCGGACAAUAUUUUUUAUAUAAAAUGUUAAAUGUUACAUGUUGCUUUCUAUCAUUUAUUAGAAAAAUACAAAAUUAAAACAAGAAACACACACUCUCCUCAAGUUACUACUAUAUAUAUAAUUCCAAACUUCAAGUGAUCAUAAUUAAUUUUGUUGUUGUGCAUAAAAUUAUCAACUUCUUCAAUAUGUCACAAACAUCAACAAUUGCUAAAACAAGAACAGAGCUAAGUCGAACUCGUCUGGGCUCGGCUCUAAGGACAUUCUUAGCAUGCAGCAUAGUUGGUUGCACUGCUCUAUAUAGCCCUCAACCUAUAAGACAUUACAUUAAAUUUCCAUCUAUUGCUUAUGUGACAACAAUUCUUAUAGUGUCCGAUGCAACACUUGGUGACACUAUUAGAGGUUGUUGGCAUGUUUUAUUGGCAAUCAUUCAAGUUAUGGUUUUUUCUCUACUUAGCUUACAAGUUAUAAGACCGGGUGGUCACUUAGGCGAUUAUAUGGCUGCACUGGCCGUGGCUACCGGUGCGUUUUUUGUCGCGCUGCCGGGAUCAACACACUUGUUAACUAAAAGGAUUGCAUAUGGACAACUUGUGAUUGUUUAUGUAAGUACAGUUCUACAUGGUGCUCAAGAAGGAGUGGCUAGACAAUCAAUUUAUGUGGCUUGUUCCACUGCACUUGGAGCUAUAGCUUCUGUUUUGGCCAUGUUGCUACCUUAUCCUCGAUUUGCUUACAAUGAGGCUAGGAAAUUCUACCAAUUAUACUCUGAGAAUACAUCUGAGAGAUUAAAUUGCAAUAUAGAAGCCAUCUCUGCCUCAGACAACUCAACUGCUGUUGGUUUUAUAACUCAAGCCAAGUACCUCUCCACAACAGGAACCAAUCUCCUCAACAAUAUCACAACUACACUGGAUGGUAUGCAUUGGGAACGACCUCAAACAAUAAUUUCCAACUCCAGUUGCAAUGACCCAGAAGAGAAACUGCAAGAUUUGGAUAUACCAAUUAGAGGGAUGAACAUCGCUCUGUCGAGUGGCAUUUCUUUUCCUGUUGGUGUCAUUGAUGAAGAGCUCAAAGGUGUUCUGCAUAAUUGCAGAGGACAGAUCAGUCAAAAAUUAGAUCAACAAGCUGAGUGCUUUGUUCCUUUUGAUGCAACCACAACUCAAGAAAUGAAACAAGAUAUUUUCGACAAAUACCAUUCCAUAGCCUACAAACAUCUCCCAACCUCGUUCUUUUUAUAUUGUGUGCAGCUUCUCCUAGAUGACUUGUCUAUUUCGAAGAAAACUGACCAUGUGCAGAAGAAAGCUCAGAAAAGCGAUGAUUCCGAGUGGUGCUUCAACAGGAUAAGACAGCUUUUGAUGAACUUGAUUCCGAGCAACCAAAGCUUGGUCUUUGCAUUCAAGUCCUCUCUGUCAUUGGGCUUUGCUGUGUUGUUUGGUCUGUUAUAUGACAGGGACAAUGCAUAUUGGUCAGGACUCACAAUUGCAAUCAGUUUUGUGACGGGACGACAACCAACAUUCGCAGUUGCAAAUGCACGAGGACAAGGAACAGCUAUAGGAUCAAUCUACGGGAUCAUUUGUAGCUUCAUUUUCCAAAAAAUUUCCCAAAAAUAUAUGGAUUUAAGGUUCUUAGCUCUUAUACCAUGGGUCAUGUUCGCUUCUUUUCUCAGGCAUAGUAAAAUGUAUGGUGAAUCUGGAGCAAUUUCGACAGUUAUAGGGGCUUUGUUGAUCCUUGGUAGGAAGAACUAUAGUACCCCGACUCAGUUUGGAAUUGCUAGAAUGGCCGAAGCUACAAUAGGACUCACUUGCUUCAUCAUUGUAGAGAUUAUAUUAAGUCCCUCAAGAGCUGCAACUCUAGCAAAAUCAAAACUUUCUCAAACCUUGAGCACGCUUCAAGAUUGCAUUAAGCAAAUUGCCAUGAUUACCCCCAGCGAAAGCGAAAGAGAUAUGCCAUCUUCAAGUUAUCAAGCACUGAGAGAAGAACAGAAGAAGCUUAAAUCUCUUGUGUGCCAGUUAAAAGAGUUUACAGCCGAAGCUGAGGUGGAGCCAAAUUUCUGGUUCGUUCCAUUUCAUACUGCAUGCUACAGCAAUAUGCUGAGAUCUCUAUCAAGGAUGGUAGAUCUCUUGCUUUUUGUGGCAUACUCAAUGGAGCAUGUCACACAAUUGGCACAGAAAGAUGGAGUAAGUUGGAUGGACAUCCAAGGUCGAGGGAACGAGAAUGUGAAGAUUUUUAAGAACAAAGUUAACCCCAUAUUGAAAAGUCUGGAAGAGAUAACAAGGAUCAAGUCUAUUAAGAAACUUGAAAAUGAGUUGAAGAACCAAAAUGUUCCUCAAGAUCUCGAGUCACAAGAAUAUCCCAAUGCAGACGCAUUUAGCAUCUUAAGCAGAGAUGAUGAGGUUGAUAGCAUUACAAACUCUUUCCUCCAACAUCUAGAGGAAAUUGCUAACAAGACUUAUACUGACAAAGAUGAGGAGAUGCUUAAAGUUCAAAUGCUUUUUCAUUACAGCUGCCUGGGAUUCUGCACCAGUAGCUUGAUGAGAGAAACAAUGAAGAUUGGGGGUGAAAUAAAAGAACUACUUAUGUGGGAGAACCCCUCAAGUCAAACAAACUUCAUCCAAAAAAGAUCCCAGUAAGAGGCUUAGAUUUACAAGUUAACCAAAAACAUGUACAUAGUAUCUUGUAUAAAAUCAUAAAAUUGAGAAGAGAAAGUGAUCCAACUCUAUAAACUGACGUUUGUAUCAACCAACUCUAAACGAAAUAAAUUACCUUAUUUUUUAA